GAGAGCACACGUGUGUCACAGUGUCAACAUGGGGAAGAGACGGCAGAAUAAUCAGCUUUUCACAAGUUUAACCAAAAAACAGAAGAAACACUUGAAAGAAUUUGGAGAGGAGCAUCCGUUUCAUGAUGUAGUCGGCGCAAAACCUGAAAGAACUGAGAUAUUGGAACUGCAAGCCCCAGAACAUUCUGACGUUGAGCCUGAUGAGCUGGAAGAUGAGGAGGAGGAACCAGAGCAGAAAACAGCCUAUCAGAAGCUUCUCUCAACUCUCACACAACCCACCAGUGACAACCUGAGUGAAGAGGAGAGCACCGAUGAUGAAGAUGAGGAGGAAGAGGAGGAGGAGCUUCUUGGUGAAGGUGAGGGACAGGACGGAGUUGGUGAUGACAGUGAGCAUGGUGACGAAGAUGACGGGGGAGAAGAAGAACCCAAGGAUGCAGAUGAGGCUCUGACUGAAGCAGUAGAAGGGGAGGAGACGGUGGAGAAGGAGGCAGGGGAUCAGUUUGUAGACAAGGACCACGAGUCCCAGUUCUGUCUGGAGACCAACUUCACGGACGAAGGAGGACAAGAGGACACUGAAAGCACUGCAGAGCAGGAGAACAGCAAAGAUAUGUUUCUACAGCACCUGGACUCAGAGCUUAGUGAAGAGGAUGUGCAGAAGAAUAACCCCGCAGCAACAGCCAAGGCUCAGAUCACGUGGCCAAAAUUGGGGCACUUACUCUGCACCUUUCCCCUGGAGAAGUUUGGAUCCAUCGGCCCACAGAAAGACACAAACCUGCCUGUUUUCCACAAAGUUUUGGAGACCCGCUGGAAGGAUCUGAAUCAGACCUCCAACCUUAAGGGGGCGGCUGAGGAGAUCAGCCCACUGCAGCUAGAGCUGCUAGCUCUUAUGGGCUCCUACAAGGACCUCUACUACCCAGAGAUGUGUCCUCUGAAGCAGGGCCCACAGGUCUGCAGUGCAUACUGCCUCCACGUGCUCAACCACGUACUGAAGGCCAACUCCCGGGUCCUGGCUCACAACGCGCUGCUAAGGGAGCGGAAAACUCAGGUUAAACCUGGAGCUGAUCCGCAGGACGAACGAGACCAGGGACUGACUCGGCCCAAGGUCCUGAUUCUCGUUCCGUUCCGAGGCGCCGCUCUGCGAGUCGUCCAGACGCUCAUCAGCCUGCUGGAGACCAAAGGCAGGAAGAUAGUGAUCAAUAACAAGAAGAGGUUUAGGGACGAGUUUGGAGAAGAGGCAGAACGACAAGCCGCCACAAUCCAUAGACCAGAUGAUUACAGCGCCAUCUUCUCGGGCAACGUGGACGAUCACUUCAGGAUAGGUACAGCAUUGUUGAGGAGCAGCAUACGGCUAUACUCGCCCUUUUAUUCAUCCGACAUCAUCAUUGCGUCUCCGCUGGGCCUCCGUACAGUGCUGGGAGCAGAGGGAGAAUAUAAGAGAGACUUUGACUUCCUCUCCUCCAUCGACCUGCUGGUGGUGGACCAGGCAGAUGUCUUACUCAUGCAGAACUGGGAGCACGUCUUGCAUGUGAUGAAGCUCUUGAACCUUGCAGCGCUGGACUCCCAUGGAGUGGACUCUCCAGGGUGAGGAUGUGGAAACCUGAACAACUGGGCCAGGCACUACCGGCAGACGCUGGUGUUCAGCUCCAUCCAGGACCCACAGAUCAACAACAUCCUCACCAAGCACUGUGCCAACUACCGUGGACAGAUUGCCACUAAGAACCUGCCAAAAAUGGGUUCCAUCUGCCAGGUGCUGGUUCAGCUGCCUCAUGGGUUUCAGAUGUUCUCCUCUGACAGCUUUCACAUGGACCAUGAUGCCACGGUAAGGUUUCAGUUCUUUGUCGAUAAAGUGCUGCCUCAGUACAGGGACUCGGUUAUGUCCCACACUCUGAUCUACAUCCCGUCUUACUUCGACUACAUCCGGUUGCGCAACUACAUGAAGAAAGAGGAGAUAAACUUUGCCAGCAUCUGCGAGUAUUCCAGCAAGUCGGAGGUGUCCCGAGCCAGGCACUUCUUCCAGAGGGAUAAACAGUUCCUGCUCUUCACUGAACGGUUCCACUUCUACAAGAGGUACACCAUCAAAGGGAUCCAGAACCUGAUAUUUUACGGCUUGCCCUCCUUCCCCCACUUCUACAGCGAGGUGUGUAACAUGCUUGCAGCGGGGGGAUCUGGGGAGGAGGCCAGCUGGACCUGCACCGCCCUGUUCUCGCUACUCCCGCUACGAUGCCACAUAGCUGCCAUCAGCGGAGCCCAGCGAGCCAGACAGAUGCUGCACCUCCCAACAAGACUGUCACCUCUUUGGUUACCGGGAGGGGAAGAUAAUGCUUCCUGAUGGAGCCUGGGCAAGACUAAAAGAGGGACCAGUCAUAAACCGUGGGAGAUAAUCUACCGUACAUUAGUACAGUUAGGGACGACACCUGGAUUGAGGUGUAACUAGAAAGAGGAUGAAUAGAAGUGCUCCAGGGAUGACGUA